ACCCCCACCAGCAAAACGAAAGACAGCUGCAUUUUCCUCGAUCAGCAGUGAUUCCUGAACCUACAAGUGAAAAUUUAUCGAGGAACUUCACUACAAGGGGAGAACCCAUUGCUACCGAAUGUCGACGGAAACGAGAAGUAGCGCAGCUGCUGGGACGGACGCCGAGAACGAGAUCGAGAUCGAGAUCGAUAUCCUCGAGCCGACCAAGGAGAUUCUCAGGUGCUAUGACGAGCGCCUGAACUCGACCGACAGCUGGAAUGGGGCGCUUCCUCAAGUUCAGAACAAGCAAAUGCUGGAGCACAUCGCAGAGUUCACCCAGGACGACGUCCUGGCUCGCGUAGGAAGGCUUUCAGACGAGUUUCGCAAGAGGAUCGCGCGCGUGGACACAGUGGAUAGGCUGGAUAGACGAGUGUGCGAGCUCGAGAAGGAGAACGAGUUUCUUCGGAUUGAAAGGGACUCGCAGGCUAGUGACCUUAGGGUAGUGUGCAGGGAGGUCGACACGUUCUUAGACGUAGUGGAGAGCUUUUUAGAUGCAGAUCAUGUUGAGAGGCCAGGCUCCGACGAUGCGGGGAGGCGGGCCAGUUCCAGCUCGGUGUCCAAGAGCCCGAUCAUGUUGACCCUCAAGAGCAGGCCCGAGCCGGAGCGACGGAUUGACAGGGACAAAGGGAGGCCUGCGUCGAAUGGAUCUCGUCCGGCGAGCCCCGUUCCGAAGAAGCCCGGGAGCUCGAAUCCGGCCGAGAAAGAGAAAGAGAAAGGCAAACGACCCAUGUCUCCGGGAAUUCGACCUGCGAGCCCGAGCCCGAGAAGCUCGAAGAUGUCGCUAACGCUCUUCGACAAGGGCAAGCGGGCCGUGUCGCCGGGAUUUCGGACGUCGAGCCCGAGCCCCAGGAACACGUCGAUGACAGUUUACAAUAAGGAGAAGGGAAAUCGUCCUCUGUCUCCGGGUAUUCGACAUGCAAGCCCAAGCCCGAAAAAGGCCUUCAUGAAUAUGACGGACACCAGAAAGAGGAAAUGGCCGGAAUCAGAACGCCAAUCGCAGGACGUGAUUCAUGGCAAAGUCGUUCUUCCUCCUGGCUUAAUGAGAUGGAAAGGAUAAUCACUUCCCGAACAUCAACAUCAACACCAACCACAUCACAACUUCAUCACCAUCAUCAUCAUCAACUCUCCGGCACACAUCUGAAUUUGUUCCUAUCUACCCGGUACUAGCUACGCAGAGCCUGACAACUGCCUCGAUAUUGUUCGGAACAACUUAAGCUUGAAGCUAGUUGGAAUUGGAAUUGGAUUGAAGACUUUCGCAUGUCCACAUGUACAUAAUAGACCAGUAUAAUAGGAGAACCCCGUACGAUGACCUGGCUGGCAUUCUCGAUGUAAGUCGCAGCGAGCACAUAUGAAACUACUUCUUAACCACCCCCUAGUUCCAACGAAGAACAUUAAUGGUCUGCCACGAAAGAGAAGAGUCGAAGUAUCGAGAAUGAUCAAUUUUGAAGGAGGUUUUUCCAGCUGAACGGCCGUUUCAUUCAGCUCCCUAAGUUCACCCGGUUCCCCAGUGUUAGGUUGGUAUUCCAUACAUGUUUGUACACUACUGGAUUUCGCUACUACUGUAA